AUGCCAAACCCUGCAAUGAUUACUACUACUCAACUUGCUCAACACAACGAUCCCCAAGACCUAUGGAUCGCCGUCCAUGGCAAAGUCUACAAUCUUAACCCAUUCGCCAACACCCAUCCUGGCGGCGUCGAAGUCCUCCAUGAACAUGCCGGUUCUGACGGCUCAGAAGCAUAUGACUACGCAGGACACAGUUACAAUGCUCUGCUUGCCCUUCGGCGCUUUGAAGUCGGAACACUGGAGGGGUAUGCCGGGGAAUCGUUGGUGAAUGCAGUGUUACCAGUUAUCGAGCUUGGCGGGGGUGUAGAUGCGGUUGAGAGUCAACCUGCACGACGGCAGCAACGAGGAUUAGUCGCGUUGCUGUGCCUGGUGAUGGUUGGGGGGCUUGCUGUACAAUGGUGUCGUGGUUUUGAUAGCGAGGCGCGUCCAAGUGUUCAGGCUGAGUCACACACUGCUGUCUCUUCUUCUUCCACCUCUUCUCUUUUUUCCACGGGCGCGUUAGCGGUGACGGUUGUACUUGCGUUUCUUGCAGGCUUGGCUGCGCUGCUGUGCGGACGUAUUAUUAGCGCUUUCUCGACGCAUGAGAAAGAGGUGUGGGAUUAUCCGGCGAUUAUUCGUGUGCGUCGAGAUAGGCGUGAUGAGUAA